AUGGCUGUAGACUUAGUCGUCGUGGACUUGUCCAUCCUCAAACAAAUUAGUUUCUUGUACAGUGUUAAGUGCGAGAGGGAUUACUCGAAUUUAAAAAUGCGACUAAUUCUGGUCUUCUAUGUUCUCGUACGGAUACUUUCGAUGACCCAAGCUAAGCAGAAAGCCGAAGUGCAAAAGCCAGAAGUCACGAAAUUGGAAGUCGUAAACCUCGGCGAGGUCGAAGUUGAGUCCGAUUUUGAACAAUCCGAUGUUCAGCGAAAACGAGAUUCCGGAUAUACAUAUAAUAGGCCGAAUCGUGUUUCUUCGAACGCUCGGUUUCGCAUACAAACGCAUCCAUCUAAAGGUCAAAUCAUAUUCAAAGUCCCUGGUCAGUUAAAUAGACCGUUCACAAAAUAUGGACCACCGAGUCAUUCGACUUCUGGUCCAGCCACACAUGGAUAUCGUACUCAACAGCAUCGGAACAAAUUGCAGCAUCAUGUCAGUCAGCAGCAGUCAAUUGGUGGAACAGGACUACUGGAACAAGAAGUACCGAGCCCGAUCAGAAACGCCGAUUUCACAGAGAUAAAUCCAAUCGCUAGUCAAAAUAAUGAACCAUUUGGCAUGCAUACUGCUAAUUAUUUACCACCGCAAAAUCAGAAACUGCCGACUUAUUCCUCGACGAACAAUUUUGAUCCACAAAGCACUCCAAUUCAAGAGCAGAUUUACAAUACAAAUUUGCAGAGUCAAAACUUGAUACAGACUCCGAAUCAGCAAAUUUCCGAUGCCGCGCUAUUUUUAUCCGAGAACGCGCAGGCAAUUCAACAACUCUACGGCGCACCUGCAAGCAAUCAAGCUUUCGCACCCAGCAACAACCAGCAAUUUCCAAAUGUCGGUAAUCAUAUUCAUAAUCCGAGCCAUUUUGAAAGUUUCGAAAGUACCUCGCGCAGCCCUCAAGAGUUUCAUGGCACACUGCCAUCGUACGCGUCGGGAACGCUCAAUCCUCAAGAAACUCUAGAGCAGAUUCAAUCUUUAGAGAAAGAUCGGCUGAUUAUCCAGUUGCAGCAAGCUCUCGCUCAGGCUCAGACUAAUCCGAGCGCGAACGCGGGAAGAUACGCUCAGAAUCAAGCGGGCUUUAUACAUAAUCAGGAGCUUUUGGCCUCUAUAAGCCAGCAGGUGAACUCACGUAUUCCUACGACGCCGCAACCUGCAGCCUUUAGCUCUGGAAACCCCGCAUUCAGUCAGUCUACUUUUCUGCCAGGAACUACGGUCAAUCCUUUAGGGUUAACCAUUAAUUACGGUGUUCCGACCACUACGCAAACUCCGACUACAACAACGACGGUAACGACGGGUGUUCUCACCACGCAAUCCCCAUUGCAACCGUCCAAGGGCGAUGGUGCUGCCCAAGUAUCGUCGCCACAACCUGCUUCUAACCAACCCGGCUCUUCCGUGGUUGGUUCUCCCGUGGGAAUCCCCGUUUACGGUGGUUUCGUACCGACUUUCAUCACGGGGACCAACCUAGUACCCAGCUAUGGCACUAGCGUCUUUGCGCCCGCACCCGUCAGACCCGUGCAAUCCUCUGGAACGUCACCUACCCAUUUCGGAAUACCGAUUCCCACGGAAUCACCGCAGAAACCGGCAUCGGAACCGGCGCCGUCAAUCCCCGUGACGGUGACACCGCCACUCUCAUCCGUCUCGCCAUCCAAUCAGCCGGGGAUCGCUUUGACACCGGCGGCAAUCACGCCGGUGACUUUGCCAAUUCAACCGAUACGACCUGUUGCUCCCCUCGCGACGCCAAUACAUCCGAUCACCGCUCCUUUGCUACCGGCGAAUCCCACGCAAGUGCACCCGGAGCAAAUCACCCCUGUAACGUCCAGCGUGCAGCACACGUAUGGCGUGCAGACCGCAUUGAUCAACCCCUCCGUUCUGUACAAACCGGUUAAAGCGGUCUAUCCAUUGUACUAUUAUCCCGCGAACAUCGCUUACCAGCUGCAGAAGCCCUCUUCGCCGAGUUAUCCGUGGAAUUACGCGCCUUCGUACACGACGCAGACCGGACCAGCGAAAAUAUGGAAAUGA